AGUUUGCGAUAUGUCAUCUACUGUUAAGUUAUAACUAAUCAUCUACCUUUAUUAUUUUCUAAUCUCUAUCUGUUAUGGUUGUUUGUUAUGUGUUUGUUUAGAUCUUUGGCCGGCACCAUUCUUGUACUUCUUUGCUCUGCCUCCAGCUCCACAUAUUUUCAACAUCUUUACCUCAUUUCGCCACCUGAUCUCUAGGAAUUUUCCUCAUGGCGGAAAUUGCGACACUAAUUCUUGAAUUCAUAAAGUGUGUGGCACGUCCAACACGAAGUUGUGUAGAUAAUCACAGAAACUUCAAAGAAAAUGCAAAAGAUUUGGGAGACAAAUUGAGCACUCUUAAUUGCAAAAAAGUAGAUGUAGAAAACCAACUUCUAAAUGAGGUUUGCUCAGAAAAACAAGCCAAAAAAGAAGUGGAGAAAUGGGUUCAAGAUGUAGUGAAGAUCAAUGCUGAAAUUCAAGAUGUUUUAAAAAGGCUGCAUAGUGCUUCAUACUUCUCACGAGCUCGCCUUGGAAAACUUGCUCGUAAAAAAAUUGAUGUACUAGAUGCAAUUCUUAAACGAGGCAGUUUUCCUGAAGGACUGGUAGUUGAUAAGCCUGCAAUUGCUUUGCCUUUACCAGUAGAGAAUCUAGAAGGCGAGGAUUCUGUGAAGAAAAAGAUAUGGGGAUACUUGACAGGGAAUGAGGUCCGAAUGAUUGGAGUUUGUGGAAUCGGGGGUGUUGGGAAGACCACCAUUAUGAAGCAUAUCCAUAAUGAAUUAUUAAAGGGGUCAAGAUUUGACAAAGUGAUUUGGGCCACUGUCUCAUAUCCACUGAAUGUUGUGAGAUUACGGCACGAAAUUGCAGAGGCAAUGAAUGAAAAACUACAGAAGGAUGAUCAUGAUGACCAAAGACAUGCUUCAAAAUUAAUGCAUCUUAUGGGGAAAGGGAAAUAUGUGUUGAUUUUAGAUGAUGUGUGGGAAAGAUUCACUCUGGGGUGUGUUGGAAUUCCCCCACCAACAGCGGAAAACGGUUGCAAACUAGUUAUUACUAGUAGAAAGGUGGAUGUAUGCAAGUCCCUUGGUUGUGAAAUAGUUAAAGUGUCUCCUCUUUCAAAGGAAGAGUCUUUGAAAUUGUUCUCAGAUAAGGUGGGAAGUGACAUUCUACAAGUCCCAGAAGAAAUUUGGAAGGCCAUGGUGGAGGAGUGUGCUGGACUACCCUUGGCUAUUGUUGUAAUAGCUGGGAGCAUGAAAGGAGUAACUGAUGUCCAUGAGUGGAGGCAUGCUUUAAAGGAAUUACGUGAACAUGUAAGAGCUACAGCCGAAGGUUCAGAAGACGAGAUAUUUGAGCGAUUGAAGUUCAGCUAUGAUUGUUUGCAAGAUUCAAAUAUCCAAAAUUGUUUCUUAUCUUGCUCACUGUAUGCUGAAGAUUAUCAAAUUAGCAAAGAUGAUCUAGUUGAACAAUGGAUUGAUGAGGGAUUUAUUAAAGAAUCAAGGAGUAGACGAGCAAUGCUUGAUGAAGGACGAACCAUGUUAAACAAGCUUGAAAACAGUUGUUUGUUAGAGAAAGCUUAUUCUGAGGACACUAUUAAAAUGCAUGAUGUUGUGAGAGAUAUGGCAUUGCGCAUCAGUCCCCAAUUUAUGGUGAAAGCUUGUAUGGGACUAACAGAGAUACCAGAUGAGUGUGAAUGGACUAAAAAUCUUGAAAAGGUUUCCUUGAUGGAUAAUGAAAUUUCAGAUAUUCCUCUAAACAUGUGCCCAAAUUGUCCCAUUCUCAACACCUUGAUGUUGCAACGGAAUAGCAAAUUGACCCAAAUUCCAAAUUGCUUUUUUGCAAACAUGCAGGGGAUCAAGUUGCUUAAUCUUUCUGGAACUAGCAUUGAAAGUCUACCUCAUUCCAUCUGCAAUUUGGAGAAUCUUACUACAUUGCUCUUGCAAAAUUGUACCCAAUUAAAACAUGUGCCUUGCUUAGCAAAGCUUAAGGCAUUGAAGAAGUUGGAUCUGUGUGAGGCAGGAAUUGAGGUGGCCCCUGAAGGCAUUGAUAUGCUUGUAAAUCUCCAAUAUCUUGAUUUACGGUGUCCAGAAUUGGUGGAGCUACCGACACAAAUACUCAGUAACCUCUCUCACCUCCAGCACUUGACAAUAUAUUCCAACUCAACCACUUUAAAGAUAAAAGGAGAAGAAGUAAGAGGAUUGAAGAAGUUGGAGACUUUUCAAGCUGAAUUGUAUGACUUGCAACACUUCAACAAUUAUGUCAAGUCUAAUCAUUUUAAAAGAUUGAGUAAUUACCAGCUUGUGGUUGGACAAGUGGACUGCACCUUUAAUCCUUUUAUUAAUAAUUUCUCUAAAGAAAUAAGUUUAGGAGAACGUGAGGUAGGUGGAGAAGAUAGUGUGGUGCUUCCAAAUGACGUGGAGGAACUGUGGAUUAAUCGGUGUAGAAAAUUUAGAAGCUUAAGUGAUAUUUAUUCUCUCCAAAAAACAACUGAGUUGAGAAGGUGUGUUGUUACUGAGUGUGAAGAGAUAGGGUGUGUGGUUGACAUGGUGACGUCAUCAUCAUCUUUCAUUAAUAACCUUGAAGCGCUGUAUCUUGAUAAGUUGCCCAACUUGAGUGUUGUUGUGAACGUGGAAGGAGUAGAAGCAACAUCGCCUCACAUCUUUUCCAAUCUUAAAUCCUUUGGAAUGUGGCGAUGUUCUAGAAUGAAGAGGUUGUUUCCAAUUGAGCUGCUACAAGGCCUCCAAAACUUGGAGAAGAUUAUACUUCAGGAUUGUCAACAAAUGGAGGAAAUAAUAGGGAAUGGAAUAAUCUGUUGUGGAUCAAUCAUGUUGAUGAAUGCAUAGCCCACGUUGCAUUUAUUCUGUUGACAAUAUUCACAAGUCUCAAGUUAGAAAAAGAAAUAUAUGCCCUUUCAUAAUAAGGUCAUAGUAAGUGU